AUGCGGAAAGUUCCCUCACCUCCUGAUCUCGUCAAGGGAUUACUUGCAGCUAGGCGGCUCGUCGAGACGGGCGAAGAGGCAAGACAGAAUAUGGAGAGGAGAAAUGGGAGAAGCAAUAUUUACUUCCUGUGCCCCAUGAGGAUUCUUCGUUUCCUUUGGCGCAAGACGGCGCUUGACCGACGCCCCAGCAUUAUCACUCUUGUUCUCAUCCUCGUUACUACCGCCAGUGGAAAUAUUAGUCGUGGAGUGAAAGUCAACAUUUUCUUUCCUACCUGUAACCCCAACACUGUCAAGGAAAGCUGGCUUGCAGCCAAGAAGCUGUGUACUCUAAAUAAGAGAAAAGAUCCUUGCGAGAGAAUGAAUUCAGCAUUGUGUGGCCAGGAUAUGGGUUCUCGACCAUGGUUUAGGCCUGACAACGAGGAUGAGGAAGAUUUUAAGAUCUAUGGUUUACUGAGCUUACUGAAAGGCGACUAUUACCUGGCUUUACUAUUUCUCCUCUACCCUAGCGAGUUUCCAUUAAGCUUUAGAUUAUAG